AUGAACGUUACCAAUUUGGCAUGCGGAAUCGGGCGGUCGUGUGAUGUAGGACAAUUGUGCAGUGGAGCACAAGCUCCGGCAUGGUAUAUUCUGGUAGCAACCCAGAAUUGGAAUGAUCUCAUGAAUUCAAUUUACACAUCCAUCGCAUUUGCAGAUAGCUCCUGCAAUGGUCACAGAUCUGAGCCCACCACGAAGCGCCACAAUAAUCAAAACUGCCACGUAAAAUUACCUCUAUCAACUUCAAGUUUAGCCCUUAUUGGAGUAUUAGCUUCGAGUACAGGAAUCGUACCUGGUUGGGUCUUUCCCGGUUGUGGAAUAUGGGUAUAUUUAACUAUCCAAGGAUUUCUAUACACUACAGUUUCGGAGAUCGGACUUUGGCAAAAUACGAUGCGUGAUCCUCCAGAUGUGAUUAGCGGUUAUACAAAGUGGGCAGAUUUUUCUUGGACAUUGUCAAUGAUGCAAGAUCGUACACAACAGAUGAUUGCAAACUACACCCUUGGAGUCUUACAAGCUGGUAUAAGUACACAAAAGGGGAUGUAUGGCGCUUUACAGAAUGGUGCAUUUUUGGAAGCGCCAUUGAGUCCUCCAGAAUCAGAAGCCUUGAACGCAUACGAACGGGUUGUUACAUUACGGCUUCUCUCGGCUGUAUUGAAAUCUCAGAGUCAAACUGACGAGAUAUGCAGAGUAUUUUUAUCCUUCGAGGAAGUGAUCCCUGUAAUCAUUCAGGACCUAACGGGGCUUUUGAUGGUCCAUCAGUUUUGUCUUACUGCGACAAUACCGGAAUUACAAGCAGAUGGAACUAAAACGAUCAAGAAAUUCUUUGGUAGUUCAAAAAUCGCUACCAAGUACGGUUUCACACCAGAAUUCUUGACCACAGCGGCCUGGAACUGUCAGAAGAAGUACGGAAAGUACGAGUAUGAUCCAUAUGCUGAAGCGGGUUUACCACUAGAUAUUAACACGGAGUGUAUCUUUAAUCUCCCGGUCUGCGAUUGUACAGAACAAGUGGUCAAAGAAGCGCGGGAAAGAGGGGUCCGGACAGCAAAGGCGUGUCAGGAUGCUGGGGUCCCAAUCUAUGCUCCCAAAUCUCAUCCAAGAUGA